GAUCCGAACACUGGCACGAGGGAUCCGAACACCGCUGUGCUGGAACAUAAACAUUGAUCAGCAGGUGGUGGCGGGGGACGUGUUGCUGAGUGCCCGCACUACUGCUGCUGCUGCUUUUGCUGAGUGCUGACUUGAGGUUUAAGAAUUUGUAUUGCCUUCCAAGACUUAAAACAAGACAACAAAAAGUGCAAUGGCCAACCAUGCCAAUGCUAUGAACAAGGUCAAGAUCCUGGUUGUUGGAGACUCAGGAGUGGGAAAAUCGUCUUUAGUUCAUCUCAUAUGUCAUGGACAGUCUCUCAGCAAUUCAUCUUGGACAAUUGGCUGUAGUGUGGAAGUUCGUGUUCACGAGUAUCGUGAAGGAACACCAAGUCAGCGGCCAUAUUUUGUGGAGCUCUGGGAUGUUGGUGGAAGCAACUCUCAUAAGAAUGCUCGACAUGUGUUCUACAAUCCAGUCCAUGGCAUCAUUCUUGUACACGAUCUGACCAAUCGAAAAUCGCAGCAAAAUCUUCGUCGCUGGUUGUCUGAAAUUCUGCUUCGGGAAGGGGGUGGGACGAAAUCUCGAACUCCAUUAGCAGAUGACUUUGAUGCAGAACUAUUUGGAGGGUUUUCUCAGGUAUAUGGAUUGAAAAAGCUGCCAGUAUUUGUUGUUGGAACAAAACAAGACCAAAUUAGUGAAUUUCGGACAUCUGGAAGAGUAAGGAGCUCGUCUAUUGCUGAUGAAUGUUCUGCUGAUGAGAUAAAUGUAAACACAUUUGAUCAACGCUCUCUUGCACCAGGCUCCAGCAAUGCAGUCAGACUAUCUCGUUUCUUUGAUAAAGUCAUUGAAAGGCAGCAAACGACGACCUCAAGGACCGAUGGAGCAUUUUCAUAUCUUGAAAGAGAGAACCCUAUGUACAGAAGAAAUAAAAGUACAUCUACUUUUAUUGUUACUAGCUAAAUGAUCUGGGUAUUUUGUUUCAAGAUUUUCCUGAAGUAAUAGUUUUAACAUUUUGUAUUCAGUCUAGCAAUACAUGUACUGUUUAUAGUGACUGAUACCAUACAGAGAAUAGUGUGUGUAUAUUGUAACUGAUACCAUACAGAGAAUAGUGUGUGUGUAUAUAGUGACUGAUACCAUACAUAGUGGUGUGAGUAUAGUCACUGAUACCAUACAGAGUAGUGUGUGUGUAUAGUAACUGAUACCAAACAGAGAGUACAGUAUGUGUACAUGAUGACUGAUCAAUACAUAUACAGAGAAUACAGUAUGUGUACAUGAUGACUGAUCAAUACCAUACAGAGAAUACAGUAUGUGUACAUGAGGACUGAUCAAUGCACAUACAGAGAAUACAGUAUGUGUACAUGAGGACUGAUCAAUACCAUACAGAGUACAGUAUGUGUACAUGAGGACUGAUCAAUACACAUACAGAGAAUACAGUAUGUGUACAUGAGGACUGAUCAAUACACAUGCAGAGUACUGUAUGUGUAUAUAGUGACAUGACAGGAUAGAUGUACUAAAGUGUGUGGAAGGGAAAAUCAAAGUAGAUAAAGGGUUAUUAGGAAGUGACCAUGUUAGAGUGCAGGAUAUUGUGCUGAGAAGAGCCUAUAUGUAGCAUUAUCCAGUAAGUUGUGAUUACCUUAACUUAUGGAGGCAAGAGCUCACCCAUAUAAUUGUUUUAUUCAGUGGUGAGAAAUCUGAAUAAUCUGGCUAUCUUACAAGAAAGGAAAGUUUUCUAAUUUAUUAAUAAAUAAGGAUGAACC